AUGGCAAACUCAGGUUGCAGUUCAUUAGCAUUAUUGAGGUUUACGUUUGUUGAAACUUUGUUUCCAUUAGUCCUCCUAACUGUUAUGAGUGCCAACAUAAUGGUGGCAGCAUCAAAUUCCUCGUCCUUGAACGAGGAACAAAAGGCCCUGCUCCGUAGCAGCUGGACGGAAGGUCGCAACAUCUCAAAACAUUGCGAUUGGACUGGGAUUGUGUGCAAUGAAGCUGGUAGUGUCACUGACAUUUCAACAAGGCGUUAUUUUUUUAUUCCUUCAUCUGAAUUGAGGAACUUCAAUUUUACUGCAUUCCCCAAUUUAAUUCGUCUCAAACUUAGUGGUUUGGGACUCAAGGGUAUCAUUCCAACUGAAACAAGCUCUCUUACAAAGCUUAUGUAUCUUGAUCUCUCCUCUAACUAUCUUGAAGGUGAGUUGCCUGCUUCACUUUCAAGUCUCACUCAACUUAGGAUUUUUAAUGUUUCAAACAAUUUUCUUAGUGGUAUGAUCCCUUCCUCUUUUAAUCACUUUAAGUAUUUGUUUCAUCUCUCCCUUGACUCAAACAAAUUUAAAGGCCCCAUUCCUGUAGAAUUGAAGAAUUUAAAAGGUUUGAAGCAGUUAACUCUUUCAAAUAAUUCAUUCAAUGGUUCAAUACCACCCACUCUGGUACAACUGGAGAACUUGAAAUGUCUCUCCUUUGGUUCAAACCAUAUAGAAGGUCCUAUCCCUAUUGAACUAGGGCACUUGAUCCAUCUGGAAGUUUUAGACCUUUCUGACAACAAGAUUUCUGGUGUCAUACCAUAUGAGAUUGGACAACUCUCUAGGCUUUCAACUUUAGAUAUUUCCAACAACAACCUUGAGGGACCAAUUCCAUUUGAUAUUCUAAACCAUUGCAGAGUUGUGCAACUAAGUAACAACUCUUUAUGUGGUGGCAUUCCUUCUCAAAUUGGCAAUCUUUUUUCUGUAGACCUCAGUUAUAAUAACCUCUCUGGAAACAUACCUAAGGGACUCCAUUCUGUACCUUACCUCAAUAUGUCUUACAAUUCCUUUGUUGUGGAUCACAACUAUUGUGGCUUUCCAAAAGACUCAUUGAUCGGUAAUAAGAUACCAGGUCCCCCCUUGCCCUUCUACUCAUGA